AUGAAGGUUGACCUCCAAAAAGCUUAUGAUUCUGUUAAUUGGGAUUUCCUCUUUGGCCUGCUGAUUGCCAUAGAUGACCUAAUGAUCUUUUGUACUGCUGAUAAUCAUUCUAUGAGUUUCAUAAAAGAGACUAUUAAGAGGUUUUGUGAGCUUUCGGGAUUGUUUGCUAAUCUUCCUAAAGCUCAAUUUUUCUUAUGGGGGUUAAUAGUUCGAAAGAUUCUCGGCUUGGCUGCUAACAUGGGUUUUUCCAUUGGUCAUCUCCCUAUUGUUAUCUGGGCUUCUCUCCUUCUGGAAGAUUGCGGAGCUCUGAUUGUGAUCCCCUUAUUCAGCGUAUUACCAUUCGUAUUCGUCUUGACGUUGAUAAUCUUGAGGGCUUAUCUGUGGAGAGGUAAGGAGGAGGGAAGAAGUGGUGCUAAAGUUGCCUGGGAUGAGGUUUGUCUUCCUUUUGAUGAAGGAGGUCUUGAUAUUCGCGAUGGAUCUUCUUGGAAUAUAGCAAGCACGUUGAAGAUAUUAUGGUUGCUACUUGUUAAAUCUGGUAGUUUGUGGGUUUCUUGGGUGGAAUCUUAUAUCCUUAAAGGGAGAUCGCUGUGGGAGAUCGAUGCUGGGGUGGGUCGAUCUUGGUGCUUUAGGGAAAUCUUGCGUAAGCGGGAUAUCCUUAAAGCUCAUGUUUGA